AGAGGUAAAGCUGUAGCUCGUCUUUACUUCCUGAAACUUUAUAUAUACACAUUGAAAAAGGUAAACAAUGGACGACCGCCUUGUGCAGACGUCGUGUCGUACGGCUGAUUUUGCCUCUGUUGAGGCCACUCUGCGCAAGUGGAGCGAGGUAGAGGCCGUAGGGUCUUUUCGCGAGAAGAACAACAAUAAGAAAGACCUCACAACCGUGUUUGUGACCUUUCGUGACGAAGAAUCUGCGAAGGCUGCAAAGGCCAAAUUAGUUUCCAUUCCCGGGAUCGUGGACCCUUCCCAGCACGAGGAUGAAAAGGUAAAUCAGAAUAAAACCAGCCAGAAAAAGAACAAGAAUCUUGCUGCCGAGUUCCUGAAAUACGAGUCGUACGAAGACAAGAAGCAGCCAGAGUCCAAGAAGAAGAAUGAGAAAGCCUCCCAUGAUGAGCAAACCGCUGCCACCAAGUCUCGCGGUGGGCGUGGUGGACGCGGCAAUCGUGGAGGCCGUGGCGGGCGAGGCGCCGCACGCGGCGGGCGCGGCAGCAGCAUCAACAACAACAGCCACAACAGCGGCAGCAACAACAACCGCGGCGGUCGCGGAGGUAACCGUGGCGUACAUGAGCGUGGUGGUAUGCAGCAGUACCAACAACCUCGCCUGCCUCCUUUUGAAGCAAAUGUGGCGUUUGUUGACAACGUGCCAUUCGGUACAACCAAUAGCUAUCUCAUGGAGCGCUUUUCAGCCUUUGGUCGAAUUUUGGAUGUUAACCGUUUAGAAUUAAUGGUCAUGAUCUGCUACGACAAUCCGGAAUCUGUUCAGCAGUGCAUUCAGCAUAUGAACGGUGCCAAAAUACACGACAACUUCAUUACUGUGAGCAGUGGAACCGUGCGCAUACCCGGCAGCGUUGCGAUCCAAAUGGGCAUUUAA